AUGCUUGAAGAGAGAGAAAGGCAAAGAGAGAGAAUCAGGCGAAUUCUGGAAGCGGUUCAUAGGGAGUUGCAGGUUUUGAAGCCAACGGCUUCUCAAAUCCGCCUGGUUUCCAUAGACCCACCUGCUCUCUUCCCUUCCCUUUAUAAUAUAUGUUCAUGCAUAUAUAUAUGUAUAAGCAGUAGAGAGAGAAAGUCCCAGUGCCCUAGUGAGAGAGAGAAACAAAGAGAACGUCUCUAUAGACGUUACAAACUUUGCAACUACAAAGAUCAGUCUUUUCUCAUCAAGAGAAAGAGAGGCUUCUCUAGGGAGGGGUUAGCAUAACAUUUUAGAGAGAGAAAUAGGUCCUGUCUUUUAGAGAGAGAGAGAGAGGGUUUCCUGGAUCCAUGGAUUUAAGGUACCCAGUUUGCCGUGACCGAUACAACGGAAGAGCAGAGGAGACGGUUCUUGAUGUUUUUGAGUUUGAAGAGAGAGAAAGCUCUCUAGAGAUGGAAGAUACCCAGAUGGUGGGUCACUUGUACAGGAGAAGUAGAAGCCUGCAUUCCAAUGGUGGUUUUUCACAUGAAUCACGAAGCUUUUACGAUGGUGGUGCGCAUUUCCUUCAAGCUUGCCAUCUCUGCAACAAACCUUUGGGAAAUGGGCGUGAUAUCUUCAUGUACAGGGGCGACACUCCAUUUUGUAGCGAAGAGUGCAGAGAAGAGCAGAUGGCGAAGGACGAGGCCAUGGAAAACAGGCGCCGCAGCAGCCCCUCGUCAAACAACAAAAAACAAACCAAAACCACCAGAGACGAUAAUUUCCAUGUCAGGGCCGGCACCGUCGCUGCUGGCUAACCAAAACACCCUCAACGUCAUCCAAAAUAACUAUCAUACCCCUCAAUUGGAAUUUCCGGCAAUUGCACCCCCACCAAGAUGGAGGGGUAUUAUGGGCAUUGGAAAGUUGUUUAGGGGUAUGAUGGUCCUUGUUUGGAAAUAAGGUGGUGUUGUAAUGGUGCACAUAAAGUUGGUGCCUUUUCCCGGUUAUUGUAUAUUGUGAGGAGUGUUUUUCUCUGCAAGGAUUACGCGGCACUGCUAUUGGGAAGGCCAAAAUUGUGUGCGUAUAAUAAUAGUUGUAAUAGUUGGGAGGUUUUAGUUGUCCGAAAUAUUUUGUCUUACGAAGUGAGAUAUAUAUAUAUUUCGUCUUGAUUUAGAGUAAAUGUUUA